AAUGCGCUGUGGUGGUAUUCAUGUGACCAAUCGUGUAUUAUGAUAUUAGGUGAAAAUUCAUCCUCAUCACGCACGGGACUGCAAUGUCGUUUAUCACGGAGUGACCCUGUCUGUUGCAGUCCCUUGUUGCUCCACCGCUUAUCCCCGCCUCCUCGGCCCCCCACACCCUUCCUCACCACACCCCAUCUCUGUGCCUUGGCUGAGGCUGGCUGGCACCAUUAUCAAUUCCUUCUGUCAGCAAGCCUGCAAAAAAACAGCUUACGUCAUAGUCAUUACUGGCUCUAUAAAAGCCAGGGUAAUGCAGAUUCACAGUGCAGUCAACCCAGCUACAUUCCUAGACGUAGAGCAGCCCGCCCGUCUCUCAAGUCAUGACUUCCAUCGGCUUUGACUCUUACUUCCCUUCCUCUUAUAAGAGGAGAGUCGUUGUGCGCGGUGCAGGGUAUGGAGCUGGUGGAGGAAUAGGAUCUAGGUCUGUCUACUCCAGCCAUUCUGCCCCAUUAACUUCCUUUGCAUCUUCACGUAGAAGUUAUCCAACACACACUCGAGCUGUUUCCAGCUACUCGUCUGUGCUUUCUGCUCCAGUGUCUGCAGCUGCCACUGAGCUACGCCUUGAUCAAGCAGCCCAGGUGAGCUCUGAGUUCAAGGCAUUAAGGACGCAGGAGAAGGCUGAGCUGCAGGACCUGAAUGACCGCUUUGCAAGCUUCAUUGAGAGGGUCCAUGAGCUGGAGCAGCAGAACAAACUGCUGGAGACCGAGCUGCUGCUGCUCAGGCAGAGGCAGACGCAGCCAUCCAACCUUCGGGCCCUUUAUGAGCAUGAGAUCCGCCAGCUCCGUGCUGCAGUCGAAGAGGCCCAACAUGAGAAGCAAGCGGCCCAGGACCACAGGAAUGAGAUGGAAGAUGUGCUGAGAAACAUGCAAAAGCGCUACGAGGACGAAGUGCUCACCAGAGAGGAAGCAGAGGGCCGGCUCCUGGAUGCCCGGAAGGAAGCAGAUGAUGCUGCACUGGGCCGCGCUGAGCUCGAGAAAAGAGUUGGGACGCUGCUGGACGAGCUGGCCUUCCUGAAGCGCCUCUGCGAGAGUGAGAUUGCAGAGUUGCAGGCCCAAAUCCAGUACAGCGCGGAGGUGUCAGUGGAGAUGGAGGUCGCCAAACCGGACCUGUCCGCUGCUCUUCGUGACAUCCGAGUCCAGUAUGAGAAGUUGGCACAACUCAACCUUCACUCUGCCGAAGAAUGGUUCUGCAGCAAGAUGAACGUGAUGACGGCAGGCACGGCUCGCGACACAGAGAGCGCUCGGAAUGCCAAAGAUGAGGCUGGAGAAUACCGCCGGCUCCUCAAAUCCAGGACGCUGGAGAUUGAUGCCUGCCAGGAGAUGAUUCAAGCUCUGGAAAACCAACUCCAGGAAGUGGAGGAGAAGCAGAGUGCUGAAAUCUCUGCUCUGCAGGAUACGAUCAGGCAAUUGGAGGAAGAGUUGAGGGCGAACAAGAGUGACAUGGCUCGCUACCUGAAAGAUUAUCAGGACCUCCUGAAUGUGAAGAUGGCCUUGGAUAUUGAAAUUGCAGCCUACAGGAAGCUGCUUGAAGGAGAAGAGAACCGACUGAAUGUCGCCGGGCCGGCGUCUGUCAGCCUUUACUCCCAGGCCGUGCUGGCUGCUCCGCCUUAUGGAAGAACACAGCUGAGCUCGGCAGCUCCGUACCUGCUGAGCUCCCGCCUGUAUACUUCAUCGCUCUCCAUGGAGGAGACGAUAUCCGCAAGCCAGGCACAGCAGGCGGAGGCCAGCCCUCCUCAAGAGGAGGAGCAGCAGGAGGAGGAAGAGCAGGUUGAAGAGGGAGAGAAGAAGGAAGAGGAGGAGGAGGAGCAGGAGCAGGGAGAAGAGGAGGAGGAGGUGGAGGCAGAGGAAGAUCAAGGAGAAGAGGAGGAGGAGGAAAAGGAAGAAGAGGGAGAGGAAGAAGCAGAUGGAGGAGAAGGUGACGCAGAGGGUGGAGAAAAAGAAGAUGAAGAAGGAGGAGAGGAGGGCCCAGCUGACGAAGAGGAAGCGGGCGAUGAAGAGGGCAAGAAGGAGGAGGAAGAAAAACAAGAGGAGGCCGAGGCAGAAGAGAAAGAUGGAAAAGAUUAAACAGAUUAAAACAUUUAAAUGCGAAUGCUUUAAGAACACCUGCUAGCGCUGUAGUUGAGGGAUGUCCUCUCUGGUGCUGUUUGUACUGACAUCUCAUUCAAACCAAAUGAAAAUCUCCUGAGAUCAGAAGACAACAUGUGGGUGAACAGAGUCUCGCAGGUGGCCCACAGCAUGCGUCAGCAAAGACACGACACAGAAAAAAAGCUGAUCAAUAAACUGAUGAAGACAGGAUGUGACAAGCAGAAACUAUGCUUUUGUGGAGAUUCAUUUGUGAAUACGCUGUGCUUUGCUGUCACCAAUACAUGCCUGAGCAGCUGUCUUUAUGUGCAAUACGCAGUCAGAAAUGCCUUACUUUAAGCCCUCACUGAGUGCUCUGUGUGCUGCAUUGAACUUAAAUAAAGCCUUGAAGCCUUGUCAACCC